UCACCAGGUCACUUAAUGCUCUCGGUGGAUUCAGCCAGACGGCUGAAUUGUCUUCCUCGGAAUUCGGACGGUCUAGUAACAGGACUUUGUCCCGCGCCUCCUCCACCGCCGCCGCCACCUCCUGGUCAAGUACCAGCCAUGAGGAUCAACACCGUCGAGGCACCGACGACGAAAAGACCGCAGAUCCCCAGCAACGAUGCUUACGAGCCGCCAGCGGCCAUUCAGAACGCGAUGCUGACCAAGGAUAAGAAACCGUUCACGUACACACCGGGAAUGGGCGGGAAAUUGGACCUGUCUCAGAUCCGUAGCCCGCGAAUGGCCCGGCGUGUGGCGAAAAACGCGAACGACGAGGGAAUCGAGGGUCCGCCGAAGUCGGCGCUCGAACCGAAGCCGACACCGCCGCCGAACACCGGGGCGAGUUUGUUUGUUCAACCCCAAGUAGCAAUCCCUGUCUUCCCGACCAAUGUUCCGGUUCAACCGACCGUCAACAGGACGCCUGCCAACAAGACGCCACCGACGUCGCCUGCCAACAGGACUCAACCUACCACACCAGAGAAACAACAGGAAUCGCCGAAGCUCGUGAGCAAAGUAGAGGCCAAAGUAACUCCGACGAUCACGAUUCAACCGAACACGCCCGAGAGUGUCCCGAGCACGCCGACACAAGUGACUCUGGCAAAGGCACCGACACCGUGGCUACAAAACAAGAACAAACCGCAGGAGGAGUUGCCGGAAUGGGCGAAACGUUCCAGCGUGACCAGGCAGCAGAGUUCAUCCACGUCUUCGCCGGAUAGCCCAUCGUCGCCGCCGAUUUACACGCCGUCCUCGAUUCAGCAACAGACGCAGCAGCAACAGCCGCCACAGUGGCAGCAAACGCAGCAGAGGCCGCAGUCUCAGCCACCUCAACAGACUCAGCAGAGACCGCAGCAGAUUCAACAGCCUCAACUGUAUCAAUAUCAGCAACAGCAGCAGCCCCAGCAGUUCAAUCAACAACAGAAACGUCCGUUCUCUAGUCCUGUAACACAACAGGUGAAUGCUCCAGCGCAGCUGCAGGAACGCGUGAUACCAAUCCGCAUCGAGGACAGACCUUCCGUGUUCGACGUGAAACCAGAGCCUGGUCACCAUCAGUUCAAGCAACCGAGUCCGCACCACCAACAACGAUGGGGACAGCAGCCUCAAAAUCAGAUCCAGAUUCAGAAUCAAGCCCAGAACCAGAUUCAGAAUCAGGUGCCUCAACAAUCGUCGGGUGGUGCGUAUAUCAUACCGAUCAUGAUCGAGGGAAGCGACAAGAAGCCAGCUACUGGUGCUGCUACUUCCAACAGCCCGUACUCGCAACCGAUCGUCAGGAACAACGUGCCCAACGUUGAGAAUCCGAAUGUGAAAGUGGUGACGCAGCGUAUUAUACCUGUGCAAGUGCAGCAGUCGGAUUCCGGUCCGGUUCAGUCUCGAUCGUUCAGAGUUCUUCAGAAGAUCACAGACACCGACUCGUCGAACGACGUGGACACCGAGCAGAUGCGUAAACUUCAGUUGUCGGAGGACGACAGGAUUCUGAUGAGCAAGUUCAAGGAACAAAUCGACAACGAAUCUUCUCUUCAUCACGAGGAAGACCCGAGAUAUCGCGGUGGAGCCAUACCAUCUCGCGCUUUCCGUUUCCUGCAGACUAUGACGGAAUCUGGCGACGCUCCUGCCCCUGUGAACACAACGCAACGGCCACCAUCCGCCAUAAACAAGAAGCAGAACAGGAAUUCGAAGACGUUCGAAGAAACGCAGGCAAAUCUACCACCAAGCGAGCAGCAGGUACCAGAACCGAAGAAAUACAUGGGCAGCGCGAUUCCCUCCAGAUCGUUCAGGAUAUUGCAGGCGAUGACAGCACCGGAGAGCGUCGCCACGCAAGAAAAUCGUCAAGCAGAUUACCACUGCCAAACAGAGAAUAACGUGCCGGGCAAUCAGCAGGGUGUCUUCCUCUCUCCCUGUCCGCCUCCAUUUUGGACCCCAGACAAUGGCUGGUGGGGUUACUAUCCUCUUCCGUAUCCUGGUGCCGCGAACGACUCCUAUCCUUAUCAUCCCGACAACACCGCCUACGUGUACUUUCCAAUUUACAAUCAUCAACAAAAUUACCCAGUACCUUACCCUCAGUACGAUCCGACGACCAACGAUAAAAUGAACGCGUACGCCAGUGUCUAUCCACCUUACGUCGCCCCUGCUCCUCCGCAGAGUAACAACAAUAACUGUAGCCAUAACUGUCAACAAGCCGGUCGUACCGGCGAAAAUCCCCUACUAGCAAAAAUUCAUCCAACGACGAACGUUACAGAUAUUCCAGAUAUUCCACAGAAUAUUCAGGAGCAUAACCUAGGAGGAAACAGAGGAUACGAAAGUAGAAUUAUAGGGGAGAGUGACGACGCGAAGGAUCAGCCACAGGAUCAGCAGUGGGAGAAAGGGAACAGCGUGUCACGUACGGCGAGCAACAGUAGCAAGGACAGCGAUUGUACCACCGCGAUGAAUAUCACCGACGAGGAGGAGAUACCUGACGAGAUCGUCAUAUCAGAGAUAAACGAGGACGAUCAGUGUCCGGAGAUGCCGGAGACGAAGCAUUGCCCGAACGGAAGUCUCAACGUUAACGUUCCGAAUUACACUUACAUCGACACGAGCGACUCCAGCGACUCCACCGACUCUGAGUCGCAAUCCGACAACGAGUCGAUCAUCGAGUCGUUCAAAAGCGAUUCCAACGAUUCUUCUACGUCUUCUUCGGACAGCGACGACUCCGAUUCUUACUUGGCCUAUUCUACGCGGCUGAAUGCUCACGGGAGGAGCACGGAGAACGACGACGAGAGGAAUUCGUCAGGAAAAGAGUCCUGCAACGAGGAAGAAAAUUCCGAGUCGUCUGACAAGAACAACUCCAACUCCGACGACGUCGAAGAACAGGAGCAGGAGUUGGAGAAAACGGAGAUCGGCACUUUCCCUCAUCAAUUGAGCGUGAUUUACGAGGACGUCGAACAACCGGAGUCCGAAAGUCCUAGACCUCAAGAGUGUCGAAGCGUCAAAGGUUGGAACGGGACGCCUUUUGAAGCGAUCGACGAUCCUCCCGACGAUUCCGACGCGCCGACGGUCAGCGUCAGCCUGCCAUUAAGGUUCAAAUUCUCCGUGUCUGAAAACAACGAGGACGUGACCACGGUGAUCGUCGGAGACAGCACGAUCAAGCCCGAAAGAGGUUAUAACAGGGAAGAAAGUAGGAGAUCGAAGACUCAGGAGGGUAAGAGUCAUUCGGAAAGGACUGCCGAAGUUUCCGCGAAUUUUGUAGUUAAAAAGGAGAGUGUCAAUGCCAAACGAUCAAAGCCGAAGGAUCUGUCUAACGAAAGAAUCAAGGAUGAAACCGUGGAGAGUAAGACGAAAGAGAACGAGGAUCCGGUGGUACCUCACGUGAAUUUCACUUUGAGAAAGAUUCCUACUAGGUUUAGCAAAAUCAAUUGCGGAGAGACUGUGGAGACAGAGUUCACGAUCAGGAGGAAGACGAGCAUGAAGAGGGAGGAUGACAGGACGAACAAAGUCCACGAAGAACGCGCGAAUGUGAAAAUUAACGAUGAUUCAGCGAGCAGAGAGAACAAUGGGAGUAAUUCCGUUUACGUGGCGAAGGAAAUCAGUUCGGAGACGCGCGACUUUAACAGAAACGUUCUGAAGCCGGAAGUGAUCGUCUCUGAAUGCAAAUGGACAGACGAGUCCUCGCAGCGCAACGAAAGACCUCCCGACAAGUUUCAAAACGCGGACACGAAGGUAGAACGAGUGGACGAUACGCAAGAGAACAGCGACGAUUCGAAGAGAAGCAAGACCGAGGAGGACGCCGAGGAGAAAACAGGGAAAGGGUCGAAGCACCUGCUGAGCGUACAGAAUUCUCGGGAAGAGACGGAUGACGAGGACAGUGGCGUCACUUCCGACAUGAGCCGCAUGAUCUCCGAGGCAGACACCGACUCGGAAUGCACCUCGUCGAAGAACAUGAGGAAGUAUCAGAGAACUCAGACGCACUCGAGAUUGUUCAGGCUUCUGAACGACGACUCGAUCCUUCCGGAAGUUGCCGAGAAAAGCAACGAGUCCUCAACGACGAAAGCCUACCUCAGCCUACCUUUGAACAGCAACAAUUUCAAUUACGACGAGAAUUAUUGUUCCAAUUACUCCAGCGGCGUAACCUCUCCAGAAUAUUCGCCGAUCAGCGAACAAUCGUGGAAAAGGCUUCACGACGCGGACAGCACGGCGAUACCGGAUCAAAAUGGCGACGUCUUCCGUCAAGGUCAUCCCCUGACGCGAUCCCAAGAUCGAAUUUCCUGCAAAGAGGACCCGUACUACCAAGCGUGGAAAACCUCGCGAUCUCCGGCGCAAUCGUUGGAUCACGAUGUCGUGCCAUCGUUGGCCUUCAAGGUACUCGAAAGUAGAAGGCCGUUGUGGUCGUACAAGGUCCAGAUGCAACGGAUUACUGAGCAAGGACGGGUGCCUCCUUCAGAAACAUGGCAUUGCUAGUGUGUUUUCUCUCCUCCCUUUUCUUUUUUUACUUUUUAUUUUGUUUACGACGAUUCGUAGCGAUUCGUUUUAACGCGACGACCAUCGAUACCGCCAGGAGUUCUCCUGACAUCUUUUCACGUCACGCCAUCGUAUUUGUUGCCCCCGUAUAGUAUUUCGUCUUGUCCCUUCCACUUUCUUUUCUCUUCACUCCUUUUUUUUUCCCUCUACCUUCUAAUCCCACGGUGUGUGCAUAUUGUUAGAACACGAUGAUCCUUAGGGAGAUCGAUCGAUCGAUCAUUCGAACGAUCGAAGGCUAACGAUAUCCACUUUUAUCGAAUCACGCGACUGGUUUCUCUCUGCUACUUGGGAAAUUGAGCUGAAUCGGCGACUGGUCGCGAUGAUUCCCUGUUUCGUCAUCUUCUCGAGAAAGAAAAGGAAUCGAUGCGAACGUGCAUUCGCACCAAUACCGUCAUGUUACCUCGAUCUUAUCAUUGUGCUAUAUUUAUGUAAGUUGUGUAAAAUAAAUUAUUUGUAAAGUUCACAUUAA